GUCCUCCGAUGAGAAUACAGUCAGGGAUAAGAUAGCCAGAACUGGUUCAACCACCCCAUCCCGACUUCACUUCACUAGCACUUCAUCCUUCCUCUUCUUCAUCGGUAUUCCAUGCCUUCCCUACACUGCUUCUUUUUCUCUACCUCACCGACACUCCAUCAUUUUCUUCACCGGCACUCGAUGCCUUCCGCCCUUCUCUCCUCUAACUCUUCCCUAUAUAUACACACACACACACAUAUGGAUUCACCUCAAGUCAAACAUUUCAUCAGCACACGUAAGUGUCUUCAACCUCCGACGAGUGUGUGACAACAGCAGCCGCAAUUCGUCGUCGUCCUCACUCCUCCAAGUCAUGGAGGCGGCGGCGUUUAUUGCCGGGGCUGCCACGGCAAGGGGCUUGCAGUUGUCCCGAAGGGUGAAGGAGUUGGAGAGCCAAAACACUACACUAUCUAAUGAGAAGAAUGACCUGGAGAGAAGGGUGAAGAGGUUGGAGUACGAAAACAACAAGCUGUCUAAUGAGAAGAGGUGGGCGGUGGAUGUGUACUCAAGAAAGAUCUCCACACUAGAAUACAGGGUGUGGGAGUUGGAUCACCAAAACAACAAACUGUCCAGUGAGCUGGUAAGGCAAACGGAGGACACGAGGACAGUGGGUCUGCUGUUCAUGAAUGCUGCCGAUAGGUACCAACACGUAGCAGAGGUGCAGAUUAGGACAAAGGAAGAGGAAUUGGUGAACAUGAGGAAGGCAAGCAUGCAGUUAAUGAACGCUGCUGAUACGUACCAAGAAGUAACAAGGAAGCAAAUUAAGGCAAAGGAGGAUGACCUGGAGGAUGCGAGGAAGGCAAUUUUAAUGAUCAUGAAUGCUGCUGAUACAUAUCAACAAGUAGCAGAGAAGAAAAUUAAGGAUAAGGUGGAGGAAUUGAGGGUUCUUGGGGUUCAAAAGGCAGAGAUAGAUGCAAGGAUAGCAUCAUUGGAGUCUAGGCUCGAGGCAGCUCUAGUGAAGAAUCAGGAAUUGGAGUCUACUUCUGUUAAGGCGUUGAUUGAAAAUGAUAUGCUUUGGUCGGUCAUUGAGAGGCUCAUGAUGGGCGGACUAGUUGAGGUGAAAGAGGCAGCUGCAAAGGCAUCUGAUUCUGAAAAAGUAGAAAUCAUGAAGGAAUUAGAAGACCAUAACAUGAAGGUGGAGGAAAUUCAGACCAACAAGAAUAUGACGAAGGGUGAAAAUGAUAAGAUUCAGUCAAAGGUUUUGAGAGAAAUGCAGAAACAUAGCUUGUUUGAAGCAAGGGUUGAGAGGCUCAAGAUGGAGCUAGAUGCGUUGGUCAAGGCGUAAUAGGCAAAAUCAUGAAGGAAUCAGAAGACCUUAAGAGGGGACACGUAGGAAAUCCAGGCUGCAAAGGAUUUCGUGAAGUGUGAAAAAUGAUAAGCUUUGGUUGGAAGUUUCCGAAGAAGAGGUUGAGAGACUCAAGGAAAAUAUUUAGCCGAUAUUUUUCCUUGAAACAUUUAUACAUCUGGAUGGUCUGGCACCAAGCUCUGUGGUUGUGUCCCCUUGUGGUGCUGCUCACUGUCUCUACUCUGUUAACAACACUAAAAUAAAUAGGUGCUUUGGAAUGGGUUUACAA